GUUUCACAACAAAUCCCUUAACAAUUAACACCCCCGGACAUGGGCCUAGUUUCAUCCCGCUCUUCUAUAUCGCAAUGAAGGUCGCUAGAGGAUUUGUAUUUCUCUCAUGCGUCACUAUCCAUUUUCUUUUCCCAAGUAUCUUGUUGUUCACAGACCCAAGCAUUGCCAUCAGAAUUCCGGAUCGGAACUUCGAGUCUCUACCGGAUCCGUCCAGUCGCCACCUCAAAACAGCAGUCUUUGCUCUCGGAAGUUUCUGGAGGUCUGAGGCGGUGUUUGGUUGCGUAGAAGGUGUCGUCAGAACCACUGCGGGUUACGCCGGAGGAUCCAAAACCAACCCCGAGUACCGCAACUUAGGCGACCACGCGGAGGCUGUGCAGAUAGAAUAUGAUCCUACAACAGUUAGUUUUAGAGAGCUGUUGGAGGUGUUCUGGUCUGGUCAUGAUUCAAGACAAGUGUUUGGGCAAGGUCCUGAUGUGGGUAACCAGUACAGCAGAUCUAUUAUAUUUACAAACGGAGCUGAGGAGAUGAGAUUGGCUGGGGUCAGCAAAGAGCGAGAGCAAUCAAGGUCUAAAAGCAGCAUUGUUACCACUCAAAUUCAACAGCUAGAAUCGUUUCACCCUGCUGAGCCUGAACAUCAGAGAUUUGAACUGAAACGAAAUUCAUUCCUUCUUCAGUUGAUUGGGAACAUGGGUGAGGAAGAGCUUGAAAGAUCAACAUUGGCAACAAAACUGAAUGGCUAUGCCGCAGAACUUUGUCCACCACGGAUCCAAAGGCGGAUUGAUGCAAAAAUUAAUGAUAUCAUAAAAAAGGGAUGGCCCGUUUUGAAAGACAUGUAGUUCACAGACAUUGACCCCGGGACUUGUCUUGGUAGACUUUAAUUUAUGGUGUCUUUGAAUGUUUAAAACCUAAACAAGUUCUGUGUAUCACUACAUCAACCUGUUAUCCUGUCAUUAGAUCUGUAGGAUUGAUGUUCUAAUUUCUUAUAGAUAUGUUCAGAUUGUUUGACAUUUUAUGUGAUCUGAGUAAAUAAAUAAUCCCCCUCUUCCUAAAGCACAUUUUUUUAUUUGUA